AUGGAGUGCAUCGUGGCGGAAGUGGGCUGCGCAAGCGUGCAUGUUGCGGAACCUCCCGCCUUGUCAAAGUCGAAAGCGGCGCGGGUUGAGAGGCCCGCGCUGUUUGUCCGCGAGUGCCGUCUCUUGAUUCCCCCGUGGCCCCCUCUUAGGCUCUCGAUCCCCCGUACCUGUGGUCGCGCUCUUGAGGUGGUACCGGUGAUGAACCGCGAAAUGAAGGCACUUAGAGCUGGGUCGAUGGCGGCCGCCUCCUGUCCGGCCAACAUCUCUGUUGCGGGAGCCACGGUGGACCUCCCCCCCGAUCAGUGGAAGCUGCUCGCUGAUGACAAGCAUCCGUUCACGGCCCGUCUGUUCGACUUCGUCGCUUGCGUGAUUGUCCGGAGGUUUUUGGAGAAAGAGGUGCAGGAGCACAUCAGGGUCGUGACGAGCGAUGUGGUCGCGGACAUUGUCGCGGAUCGCGAUGAGGCUGUCAAGGCCUUUGCCGGUGUGAUGGAGUGCAGCCUUGUUGCAUUCUGCAUCUGGACCGAGGACUUGGUGGACAACAAUUGCUCGAACGCGAGCAUGCUCCUUAUGCUCCACCCAGAUCACCUGUCGAUUGACGGUGACGAGAAUUGGCACACGCGUUUCGUUCGCGUUGCUAUUCCACCUGGUGGGCGGGAACACGUGACCGCGGCGGAGGCAAUUGUGGAGUGGUUUCAGGGUCGCGUGGACGAGGAGUUUGCUCGCGGCUCCAUUCAGUGCACCCGGGCGCGCCAGCUUCAGGAUCCCAAUCGGCUGUACGAUAUGGACGCGACGUCGUUGAAGGGCUCCUGCGGCAACCUCGCUUGUCUGUUCGCGUUAGACAAGACUCUUGCUCAGUUGGACGCGGUUGCUGCCAAUGGAUCCGGGCCGCAAUUCUCGAGGCCUACCGCGAAGACUCUGAAUGCACUGCGGCAUGACGCCCACCAAACCGCCGAAGAGCUCGCGUUCAACUUGAGCGUGGAUUUUCCGCGACACAAGCACGGCGGUGAGGCUGAGGGGGCUGAAUUGGGGAAGAUGCAUGAAGUGACAACGGGUGCGCGGGUUGCUGACCAUGGUGUACUCGCUCUCACAGGUGCCGCUGGUGUUUCGAGCCGCGGAGGUGCUCGCGGCGGGACGGCGGUCCACGCCGAUGACGAUGGGGCAGACGAUACCGCGACUAAGGGUGCACCCCGCGAAGACGCUGACCGCACUGUAGCGCGUGAGGGGGAAGAGUCAAGCGAGGAGGAGGCGGAGGCACACGUGGUCGCGGCCGCGGCAGCCAACAGGCCCGCUACAUCCGGCAAGAGCAUCAAGCACCUCGCGCAGCACUUGGCCCCCGGUGCUGGAAGCGCGGCCCCGAGUGGUGAGGUCGCGGGCAAGAGUCCCAUGACAUGUGCGCGUGAUCACGCGUCCCUUUCCGCGUUGCCCUCGCAUAGGCUUGCUGCCGAGAUCCUGCAGCUUGACUGCAGGCUUGCAGCGCAGGCGGAGGAGAUCGCACGGCUGAAGAUACGCCAGGAGUCGGGGGUUGGAGGAGUCGCGGUCGUGGGCUCCGAGGAGCUCGCGGCCGCGCUGUCUAAUGCGGUUCGGUUGCUGGAGAGGGAGGCGAGGGCGCUCGCGCAGGAAAGGGCGGCCCUGCUGGACACGCAUAACCAGGAGGCGUUGGUGCUGGGGCGAGUGGACGCGAGGUUGGGCCAGCUGCAGGGGGUGGUGGCGGACUCCAUGGAAACCGCGCAGAAGAAGUUGACGGACGAGGUUGCGCGGAAGAUCGACAACAUGUCGUCCGCGGUCUCAGCGACAGCAGAGCGGGCAAUCACAACCAGCGGGGUCACGAACACGCUGCAUACCCUCAUCGCGCUCGUCGGAGGGAGCCCGACUCCGCGCACCGGUACGGAAGAUCCGGCCACGACGGAGAAUGCCGAUGCCGGGGAUGCUGAGCAUGGUAAGCGGGCGGCGGGUGCGAAGGCCGAGACUCAGAGGGGGGCGAAGAGGCAGAGGGUUCCUCAGGCAGCGGCCGCGGUGCGCCACCCGAGCGUGCAUGACAUCCUCAAGAACAAGUGGGGCACUGCAUCGCGAGGCGCUGCACCGCCUGGUCAACCGGGGUCGAGCUCGCGCUCCAUCCCACCUGGAGAAGCUGCACCCAAAGCACCGGGCCCUGCCGGGGCGACCGCGACAGUGACAACCACUGCGGGUAAGGGCAAGGGUAAGUUGGAGGAUGGAGAGGUGCCGGCCGCUGUGGGUUCGCUUGCAGCGGGGCGUGAGGAGCAGUCCGCGGCGGCUGCUGCGGCGGAGGGAAGGCAGACCGCUCUCGCACCCGCUCAUCCCGCGAUUACCGCGGGUCAUCUGCACAGCGCGCUGGCAUCUGCAGGUCCGAGCGCUGCCGCGGGAGAGGCCAAGACGGAAAAACGCGGGCGAGGCAAGAAGUUGCCCCCUCCACCCGUGUACACCAUCGACGAGGACGAUGCGGACGAGGAGCUCGAGAAUCUCGCGAGCCGGUGGGUCGGGGAGGAGGGCGACGGAGGAGAGCAGGGUGUGGUGGACGCGGUCGAACUGUUUAGCGGCGGGGAGAGCGCGGACGAGCAGGACGCAGACACCGUGGUCGUGCCCAGUGGGCCAACGGGGGGACAGGGUGACACAGUCAGCAAGCGCAAAGGCUGUGGUAUCCGCCAUCCUCCCAGGGGCGGUCCUGGCUUGGUUUCUGAACCGCAUCUGGGGGGGAAGAAGCGGUGGCUUGGACAAGGCGAGCGCGACGACCUGCAGUACAAAACCGCGAUCGCGAUGAUGCCGUACGACCUGAAGGUGGAUCCCGGGCUGCACCUCAGCUCUAAGCAGAUGCGGGAUUGGGCCGCGGACCUGUCCGCUGCCGAGGGGCUACACACGGGCCUCCUCAUCACCAUGCAUCACCGCAACCUCGUGGCCAGCAGGGAAAGGUGGACCCGCAUGUUCAAGCACUACCGCGAGCUGACCCAGCCCGGAUCGACCACCACCAACGAGAUUGCUUGGGCCGCGGUGGUGGGCACGGAGGCUGCAGCAGAAGAGACGGAGCUCUACCGCGAUGUGGAUCCGCGGGAUUACGCGGGAGCGAUCGCGUGCGCGAUCGCAAUGGUGUGGGAGGUGACGCGCGGUUCGGCGGUCUCGACCGCGUCGGAUUCUGGCAAUUUGGCCGCGCGAGCGGUUAACUGCCAGAGGGAUCGAUGCCGUCUGUUCCCCGUUGUAACCGCGUACGUCAUCAGGGCUGUGCGGCGGCGCAAUUCUCGCGAGAAGCAAGCUGGUGACGACGAGCCGAAGGUAGUCGCGGAUCCGAGGGUGGUCGCGGACGCGAUUGCAUCUGAAGUCGUGAACGACGUCGUCGCCAAGUCUCGCGACCUCAGGCACAUUGAGAUGGCUGCUCGCGAAACGGUGGACGUUAUCAUCACCUGGUGCGACUGCUCGGUUGCGGGGAAGGUCAUGGAGUCCAUUGGGCUUUACCUUGCCCUGCCCAAGGAUCGUCUUAAGAAGCGGACUUGA